AUGGUCGAAAAGAUCAAUUUGGAAGAAGUUAAGCACAAUAUUGCUGAGUCGAACCAGAUUAACACCAAUGUGUCUCCUAAUAAAUUGGUAAAGGACCAAGCACAGCAGCUGGAAAAGGAAGGAUCUCUCAAUUUGGAGGUAGGCGAGAAUGGACCUAUCCAGUGCUCUGCUGCCUACAGCAACGAGUCAUUUAUUGCCUCUUUCAACAAUAUUUUCAAGACGUUGAUCUCACCCAGAGAUGUCGGAACUCGUUCGAAGUUCUUCAAAGAGGGAGAGCACCCCACGUAUGGUCAAUUGGUAGAGUUCUAUAUCUACUACUUGGUUCUCACUAUUAUAUACAUUUUCAUGUCAAUCCUUAGGCUGUUUCAGUAUAUGAGCAAUCGUUCAAAGCUUCGGUUUUUCAGCGUGGCGUUUAAUUCGGCUGCCGAUCCUGAGGUGAUCAAUAGUGAUGUGAACAAACUCCCAAAGAUCCCCCGGCGUAUCUCAACUAUUCUGAAUUACAAAUCAGAACAGGAAGAGAAUGGUGGCUUGGAAGGAUUGUGUAACGAUGCAGCCCAGGUGGCUUCGUGGUGUCUUUCCAGUGGUAUCACAUACCUUUCCAUCUACGAGUAUCAUGGAGUUCUCAAGAAACGAGUUCCUGUAUUGAAAAAAGCAAUCUAUAAGAAGUUUAUUGCAUAUUUUGGUACAGAAAAUAUCCCGAAUUUCAUCAUCAAGAUCCCUCAUUUGAACUUAACGUUUCCUGGUAGCAUCGAUGGGAAAUUGGUAGAGUCAGAAUCAGAAGCGGUUAACUUUCCUAAAAACGUCCAAUAUAACAUCGAAGUCACUCUCUUGAGCGUCGUAGAUGGUCGCCCUACAAUUGUGGAAUUGACCAGAGUGAUGGCUGAACUUGCUAAAAAGGGAGAAUUGAAACCCAAAGAUAUCACACUGAAGUUCAUGGAUCAAGAGCUCCAGCAGUUGGUUGGUAAAGAGCCCGAUUUGGUAAUUAUGUUUCAGCCCUUUCUGAAUUUCCAAGGCUAUCCACCCUGGCAGAUCAGAUUGAGUGAGAUUUACUGGGAGCCUGAUAACGAUAGCACCUGCUAUGCCGUCUUUCUAAGAGCCCUUCAAAAGUACUCCACCUGCAAAGUCAAUGUGGGUCGUUGA